GCCGGCGGGGACCCGCGCGCUUUCGGGGCCCCGAAGGACCUCGGCUAUCCAACCGGUGCAGCUCCGCCCGGCGGGCCGCGAUGUCGAUGCCGCGGGACGAGCGGGAGUUGCAGGCGUUCCUGCGGAACGUGGACGAAGUCGCUGACUUGAUUCAAGGCCUGAAUUCCACAGACCCCGCUAUCCAGGAAAAAGCCAUUGCUGACACAGAGAAAAGACUCGGCGCCACUUCAGACAAAGAUGGAGCAAAACAGAAGCCGAAGCUGGACCGAACUCUCAUCAACACGCGGCCUCCGGGUUUGUCGAGUCAGGAGGAAAUGAUGAAUCCUGAGAGCUUUCUGGCUGCUUUAGAAAAGGAUGCCCAUGACCGAGCCAGGAGAAGGAAAGAAAAUGAAGCCUUAGCGAAUGCCCUAAAAGGAAAAGGGAACGACGCUUUCAGCAAAGGGGACUAUGCCUUGGCUGUGCAAAAGUAUACAGAAGGCCUGACGAAGCAGAAGGACAUGCCAGCCCUGUAUACCAACCGAGCCCAGGCCUACAUCAAGUUGCAGAAGUACAAGAAAGCCAUUCAUGACUGCAGCUGGGCAUUAAGGUGUGAUGAAAAAUGCACAAAAGCUCUCUUCCACAUGGGAAAGGCGUACUUGGCCAAGAAGCAGUUCCAGCAGUCGAGAGAGUGCUACCUGAGGAUUUUGGAAAUUGACCCCCAGAAGGAGAAGCUGUGCAAAGAUUGCAUGAAUGAAAUAGACUUGGAGGAAAAACGGUUGCAGGAGGAGGAGAGAGCCGCAGAAGAAUGCAAGUCUGGGAAGCCCACAGCCACCUCCGUGAAUGUGUUGCUUCGGAAACUCAGCGAGCCGGAUCAGAACCCUCUUCAUUAUGCGGGUGGCAUUCGGCUUCUGAUCAAUAUGAUUCAAGAUUGCACUGCGCAAACCUUAUUUAGGACAAACGGUGGUUUCAGUGUCAUCAGUGACAACAAGGUCAUAGAACGGGUCCUCAGCGCCAAGAUAAACUCGCCUGCCGAACUGGAGCUUGCUUGUUCCCUCCUUCUCCUGUGGCAAGCUGUCUGCAAAGGGAAUGAGGAGAACCAGCGCCUGCUUCUAACUCAUCCGGAUGUGAACGUGCAGCUUCCUGCUUUGUUGCUCUCCGAGGUGCCUGAAAUCCAGGAACAGUGCAUGGCCCUGCUGUCCCUCUAUGCGGAGACCGAGCAUGGGCGGGUUCUCUUGGUCAGACAUCUGAACACCACCAAGUGGCUACAGACGUUGAUGUCCUUAGCCAAGGUUUCUGACAGCAGAGCUGCCAGUGCUAUGAACUUGCUGACCCACUUAAUCGUGGAAGAGAACUUCAAAAUCCAGUGCCGUAUUAAACUGUCCACAGAGGCCUUGCCAAUCUUCACUCAGUUGCUGGGCUCUUCCAAGACAUUGAAUGAGGUGAUCCUUAGCCGAUGCAUUGCCAUCAUGGGAGAUCUCUGCUCAGAUAUGGUCAUCCGAAUGCAGAUGACUGAAAAUCAGGAAUGCUGGCAAGCUUGCUUGGGCUUUGUGAAUGAGUGCUGGACCAAAGACAGCAUCACCAGAUAUCCUGAGUGUUUGUAUGCAGUCCUAGGCCUAAUGAUGAACCUCUCCUUGGCGCACAGCUCAGUCAUUGAGGACCUUGCAGGAGAAAUCUCUGAGAAAUGUAUUUCUCUCUUCAACAGUCUGGAUGGGCGGAUCAUAACAAGAGCUGUUGGGCUUUUGAGUCACAUCCUGCCGGCAAAUCUGGUGGUGCUGGAAGAAGCUGUGAAACAAGGUGUGGUGAGGAAAAUGAUCCGAUUUCUGAAGGCUGGUGGGCAAACCACGUCUGGCUAUGCAGUGAAGGUCCUUGCAUCUUGUGCCAAGAGUAGCCGGCAGGCUCAGAAGCAGAUUGUGAAACUGGAUAAAAAAUGUAGCCUGUUGCUGAAGCUUCUGAGCUGGCCGAAUGAGGUGGUAGCAGGCAAUGCUGCUUUCUGCCUUGGAAAAUGUCUUGAGGUGCCUGGAACAACCACCAAUUUGCUAGACACGGAUGUUGUCAGAAUCCUCUUGAGAGUCACAACUCGGGAUGCCCAGAAGACUUCUGUACAAGAGAAUGCAGCCAUAGCUUUAGGGAAGCUCUGCGCAGCUGAUGCCAGGCAAGCACGCCAGCCGGCUGCGGGAGUUGAACGGAAUGGCAGUCCUCAGUGCUUCUGCAGGGAAUAUGCAAGGCCGUUAGGGUGCCAACAGAUGUUCUGGAGAGGGUUUCUCUUGCCAGCCACCCAUCUGGGUGGAAUUGUGCUUUCUUUUUGAAAUAAAGAGGGUUAAAUGUGGG